AUGGCCAAGGCCAGUGGCGCCGAGCUGGGGGCGUCAUCAAAGGGCGACGCCGCGGCGGCCAAGAACAUGUACAGCCGCUGCCUGCACUACGUCCGCGCGCAUCUAGAGGCCGAUGUGCUCGCCGGUCACCCGCUCUAUGCUCGCACACCAAAUGUCAACGCCCUCGUCGGUCGCACUGGCGCCUUGACCAUCGACAAUACGCCGCUCACUGAGGACCUUUACAUAAUUUUUGCAGCGUAUCUUCAACACGGCGACAAGGGCAAGAUGGCCGCCAUGUCGGCCAUUAACUACAUGACCACGCUCGAGCGCCUGCACCGCGAGGCGCUCAAGCACAACGACACGGCCCCGCCGCUCGGCCUGGAUUACGUGGCACACGCGCGCGCCGUCAUGCGCGCCCUCUACCAAGAAGAGAGCCAGAUCGCUGCCCAGACGACGACAAAGGCGCCUGCCUCCCCGAUGCUCGUCGCAGAUUUCGCGACCGUCUGCGAGACGCUCUUCAAAGAGAACGAUGCAGGCCGGCGCCAGCACAGCUCGAGAGACCGCACGCUGCUCACGAUGCAGUGGAGCGCCAUUGGCACGGGCUUGGACAUGGGCGGCUUGUGCUACGCCAACUUAAUGUGGAAGAAUGACCGUCUCGUUGUCGCUGUGAAGCACGAAUCAACGGGCGAGAUGGACCAGCUUCCGACGCUCGACCCGCUGCAUGCGCUCGCCUGCCAGCUCGCGUCCACGGCCGACGACACGAGUCGCCACGUCUCCCAACAGCUCGCGCAAUCGAGCAAUGGCACCAAAAAACAUGCUGCGCACAUCAACCAAGUGCUCAAGCGCCUUAGCGACAAGGACCACUGCGGCGUUCUGACGCCGCAUCGUCGGCGGCAACGUACUGCAACAUCCGCUAGCAUCCACGGCGACGACCAGUUCCCGGACCUCGCCAGUCGCGGUAGCUGGUCCAUGGACGCGCUGGAUACGACGCUGAAGAACACGCAAGGCGACGCUCUUCGGAUCGCGCGCCAACGCGCGGGCUGGUCGCACCCGCGUCUGUCGCAUGCCGCGCCACUUUUGACGGCAGCGCGUCGCCCGGUCGAGGACGGCGACGUCUUGGACCCGAUGAUCGUCUUUGCAGACAAACUCUUUCACAACUACAGCUACGGCCAGGCGCCACGUGUCUCCGCGCAUCUCCUUGACUUGCUUGCCGCCACGCUGCUGCUGUACUUGUCGGAUACGAUGGCGGUGUGUGCGAACCAUGCGGUGCACGUGGCUCUGUUUGCCGCUGCCGCCAGUGUCGGCAUCACCCAAGACGAGCUCCUUCAACGUGGGCACAGCAUCCGACGGGCCUUCUGUCUCGCCAAUGCCCAUCAGCUGCACGCAACGGCAGUGGUCGAGGAUGCAUCGAUGGAGAAGCUUCUGGCGCUGCAGCGCGCCACGGCCCUUGAAGUGUCGGCGCUGACGUCGACGGUCGACGCACAAAAUGUCGUUGUCCGCAAGAUGCAAGCCGACAUGGACAAGCUCAUGGCGACGUGCCACGAGACAAACGCGCUGCUGACCACGCUGCUUCAAAGCGUGAGCACCAAGACGCAGGCCGUCUCAGCAGGUCGUUUGCCCUCGCUCUCCGGCAUCAAGUUCAGCGACGGUCUCUUCAUGUUUCUUGCCAACGGCUUGGUGAACCUCCCGCGCGACCCGAGCAGCAACCACCAGGCCACAUUGAAGGCUGCGUUGCGCCAGGCACAACGCAGCCCCGAGUUCCGGGACGUCGUCUCGGCCCAUCGCUCGGGCCGCUGUACCCGGUCGCAGCUGUUUGCCGCAUGCGAACAAGUCUCCGAGGCAAUCGACGCAGAGAUCAAUUGCUUCAUCGAGCAACGAGCCAAAGCCACUGGGUCGUCGACGCGGAAGCGGCAACGGACGAGCCAACGGUCCAUCUCCGACGCGGUCGAGCUCCUGAAGAAAGCGCGCCACAGUCGGAACCAGUUCAGCACCGCGAACCAGACGACGGGUCUGCGCAUGACCGACGGUGUGUACGCGUCGCGCCUCGAGACGUUCAAAGACGCGAUAGCCGCCAUCUCCAAGGCGGUCGGAGAUCACUUGGGGUCGAUCGUCGACAAGCAGCUCGACGAGCUCGCUCUGCGCACCGAAGCACUCGCCGCCAUGGAAGCACGCAUGGCCGACGAAGCGGCGACCGCCGACGCCACGAUCACACUCAACGUCGGCGGCUCGAUCUUUGCCACGUCGCGCGAAACGCUGCUGCAGUUUGAAGGCAGCUACUUUGCCGCCAUGCUCUCGUCGGGCUCGUGGCAGCCCGGUGACGAUGGCGCGUACUUCAUCGACCGAGACCCACGUCACUUUGAGCGCGUCAUGGCAUUUCUCCGGUCGGGUGCCGUCGACUUUGACGGGCUUGAUCGCGUCAACGCCGCAGUGCUCUAUGAUCAUUUUGAUUACUUUCUGUUGCCGCUCCCACCCGUGCCGUGGGAUGGCAUGUACUGCCACCCGCAGCUCACGCUCUCCGAGACGAUGACCGUCGCGACUGCCGAUGGUGCGCUGACGGGGAAAUGGAACGUUUUGGCCACACGCGCAGUGCGGUCGUUCACGGUCAAGCUGCCUGCCUCUCAUACGACGAUCGACAUUGGCUACAUGACGCGCGACCAGUUUUACGCCUCCGGUUCUCCGGGCACACUCUUUUUUUCGUGGCCAAACGAGAUACGUAGCGGUGCGUACGGCGAAACAACCACAAUUGCAAACCCCGUUCACGCAACGGAGAACGUGAUGCUGUCGUGCGUCUGGGACAAGGCGAUGAGUGCCCUCCGCGUCCACGUCAACGGUGUACUUGUCCCGGACUGGACUGAGUCGGUCGUUGGCGCACCCUACUUGUACCCAUGCGUUCGUAUCGCCUCGGCCAACGCCCGCGUGGAACUCUCGUCGGUCGAGGCGUUGUAA